CCCGGGAGGGGACAAAAGAGGGGAAGAGGCGCGGCGCGGACCCCGCCCUUCAGUCCCUGGUCUGCACCGUUCGGUGUUCGAAGCUCGGACGCCGGCCGGGUACGGACUGUACGUGUGAGUGCGUCAGAACGUGUGCGUACCGUGGCCGCCCCUCUGCUCUUCUCAGGCCUCACCCGGAGGUUUAUCAUCAGCAAAAAUGUCUGGAAAAAUCCAUGGUGGUUCUGUGGUAGAGAUGCAAGGAGAUGAAAUGACACGAAUCAUUUGGGAAUUGAUUAAAGAAAAACUCAUUUUUCCCUAUGUGGAACUCGAUCUGCACAGCUAUGACUUAGGCAUAGAGAAUCGGGAUGCCACCCAUGACCAAGUCACCAAGGAUGCUGCUGAAGCUAUAAAGAAGUACAAUGUUGGUGUCAAGUGUGCCACCAUCACCCCCGAUGAGAAGAGGGUGGAGGAGUUCAAGUUGAAACAAAUGUGGAAAUCACCCAAUGGCACCAUCCGAAAUAUUCUGGGUGGCACCAUCUUCAGAGAAGCUAUUAUCUGUAAAAAUAUCCCCCGCCUUGUGACAGGGUGGCUAAAACCAAUCAUCAUAGGUCGUCAUGCCUAUGGGGAUCAAUAUAGAGCAACUGAUUUUGUUGUUCCUGGGCCUGGGAAGGUAGAGAUAACUUACACACCAAGUGAUGGAAGCCAGAAAGUGACAUACCUGGUCCACAACUUUGAAGAGGGCGGUGGUGUCGCCAUGGGGAUGUACAACCAAGAUAAGUCCAUUGAAGACUUUGCACACAGUUCCUUCCAAAUGGCUCUGUCUAAGGACAUGGUGGCCCAAGCCAUGAAGUCAGAGGGAGGCUUCAUCUGGGCCUGCAAGAACUACGAUGGCGAUGUGCAGUCGGAUUCUGUGGCCCAAGGUUAUGGCUCUCUUGGCAUGAUGACCAGCGUGUUGAUUUGUCCAGAUGGCAAGACAGUGGAAGCCGAGGCUGCCCACGGAACUGUAACACCAAAAGCUUUGGAAGAAGUCUGCAUUGAGACCAUUGAGGCUGGCUUCAUGACCAAGGACUUGGCUGCUUGCAUUAAAGGUUUACCCAAUGUGCAACGUUCCGACUACUUGAAUACCUUUGAGUUCAUGGACAAACUUGGAGAAAACUUGAAGAUAAAACUAGCUCAGGCCAAACUUUAAGGUCACACCUGGGCUUAGGAGGACACCCGUUUUGCUGACUAUGUCCAAAGGUUUACAUUUUUUUGUAUAACACUCAAGGAUAUAAAAACAAAAUCAGUUUUGUACUUUGUUUAGAAGCCAGAGUUGAUCUUUUCUAUGAGUUUGUUGC